CCCCGCUCUCCGCCUCCCGACGCUCCCCCCACUCUUCCCCCAUCGUACGGAUCCUUCUCCCCCUCAGCCUACAAAACUCCACCGUUCUCCCCAAAAUGGUCCAUACCACAUCUCCGCUUCUCCCUCUCCCAUGUCUCCCCUCCCCCUCUUCCUCCUCUCCCUCCUCGCCCUCGCCUCCCCUUCCCCCUCCCCCUCUCCCUCCGCCUCCGCCUCCGCCACCAAGGCGACCAUCCCCAAAAGCUGCGGCGAGAGCUGCGGCGGCCUCUCUAUCCCCUUCCCCUUCCACCUCAACGCCUCCUGUGGCCCAUCCGUCCCGGCCUUCCGUCUCGCCUGCUCCGCCAACGACUCCACCCUCCGCCUCUCCCUCCCUCCCACCUCCGACCUCCGCGUCGUCGCCUUCCUCCCCUCGGGCUCCCUCCUCCUCGACUACUCCUCUCCCGCCGCCGCCUGCGAUCGCUGGUACGCCGACGUCAACCGCUCCUUCGGCCUUGACAGCAGUCACUUCUUCGCCGUUACUGCAGACAACCUCCUCCGUCUUUACGACUGCGAGGACUCCUCCAUCUGCCGGGCGGGAUGCGACCGCAUCGGCCCCCUCGCCGGCGACACCGGUUGCGAGGGCAACCGUACCGACUUCGGCUGCUGCUACCCGCUGUCGGAUGGGAGCGUGUGGAAGGUGGGGAACAGGUUCUCCGUGUUCGCCGGGUUUGGGUGCCGGGGGUUCUCGAGCUGGGCGGUGAUGAGGUACGCGUCCGGGGAUGGGACGGCGACCGUGGAGAGGGGGAUCGAGGUCGAGUGGGCGGUGCCGAGGGGUUACGGCAACGGGACAGAGUGUGCCGAGGGGGCGGUGGUGGUGAACGCCACCGCGGUGCGCCAGGGAGUGAGAUGUGCUUGUGCGCCCGGCUUGGUUGGGGAUGGCUUUGCGGGAGGAGCCGGAUGCUUCAAACCUUGUGGCAAUGAUGCACAAGUAGAGAAUGAUAGAGCCUGCUGCAAGGGGAUCUUUUGCAAGAAAAGGGUGGUUGUUAUUGCUGGUGUACUUCUUUCUGUAUUUAUUCUACUCAUGACAGCCGCGUUAUGCUUUUGCUUAAGAAGACCUAUCAAGGAGAACAUGUCAGAUCUUGACCCAGCCUGCCUUCCCAAGAUUAUUGGAAAGGCAUGUAACGCACGACAAUUCACAUACAAAGAGUUGAAUGAAGCUACAAAAGGGUUUGAAGAAGAACACAAGCUUGUUGUUGACAUUGUUGAUGGAACAGUUCAUUCGGGGAAACUAGGUGAUGGCACCCUUGUGGCUAUCCAGAAAUUAAAAUGCCGGAGCAAAAAGAACCUCAGGAAAAUCUUGCAUAGGGCAGAGCUUUUAUCUCGUAGUUCACAUGGAAAUAUUGCCCGGAUUAUUGGAUUUUGUUUUGAGUCAGAUAAUACACUACUCAUAGUACAUGAGCAUUUUUCGAAUGGGACACUCGAAGAACACUUGCAGCAUGAAAGAGGCAAUGGUCUUAGUUGGUACCUGAGAAUCAAUAUUGCUUCUGAAAUUGCAAGUGCUCUUGCAUAUCUGCAGUAUGAAAUAUCAACUCCUAGCUACAUUGAAGAUCUGAAGACCAGUGACAUACUUUUGGACAUUUAUUAUUCUGCUAAAAUUGCUGGUUUCAAGUUCCUGAAAUCUGGACUUGUCAAUGGAUCCUGUUCAUAUGUAGUCUCCCGUGACACUGAUGUCGUUUAUGACUUUGGUCUUAUACUAUUGGAACUGAUUAUGGGUUCAAAGCCUGGAAAUAUUUCAGAGGUUGUCUUACCUAAGAUAGAUGGCAGGAAGUUUCAUGAAAUUCUGGAUCCAUAUCUUAGAUUUGAUAAUCAUCUGCCGCCACAGCGUGAGCAGUUGGAAAAGGUCGUAGGUGUUGUUGUACAGUGCUUAUCAAGUAAGGAAAAUGGUGGACCUUGUAUGGUUGAUAUUGUGAAGGAGCUGAUAUGUAUUUUGAAAGACAAUAUGGGCAGCAGUAGCAGAGUAGAGCCUGCAUUGGAGGUGACAUUUUCAAACUCGAGCCUCCUGCAAAUGGUAUCCAUGUCUCCUGAUAGCAUGCAUGCUUCUCUUUGCCAGAAUGCCAACUAGCACCAUAUGGAAGAAGUUGCAAAGUUAAGGUACACUUUCUUUUUUUAUCAAAACCAAGAAAGCCUAGUUCAUCUGAAAUGUAUCUUCAUCUCAAGGGACUAAAGCAUGUUUGACUGGAGAUAACCUUUUAAUUUGUAUUAAGUUUAUGUAACAAUGAUGAUGAAAACUGUACUUGCCAUUUUGUGGUUAGUCUUAAAUUGGCAUCUGUAUUUUUUUUUUCUCUUAACUUCAACGAUGCACCGGCUUUGACACUGGGACUAGGAGCCGAUUUCUA